GCCGCUGUCACCGCUACUCGGCCGACUCGAAGAUCCUUGCUGGCACAUUUCUGGAUAGUCUGUUGAACCUUCUUAAGAAUUCAGAGAAACUGCCGUGUGACCACGGAGAGAAAGAUCUAAUCUUAAGGCUUACGCGCAUUCCAUCACCGAAUCUGAACAAUGUCCUACGUUUUUGUGAAUGAUUCUUCUCAGACUAAUGUGCCCCUGCUACAAGCCUGUAUUGAUGGAGACUUUAACUACUCCAAGAGGCUUUUGGAAAGUGGCUUUGACCCAAAUAUUCGUGACAGCAGGGGCAGAACAGGCCUUCACCUCGCAGCAGCCCGAGGGAAUGUAGACAUCUGCCAGUUAUUACAUAAAUUUGGUGCUGAUCUCCUGGCCACAGAUUAUCAGGGAAACACAGCUCUUCAUCUCUGUGGCCACGUGGAUACUAUUCAAUUCUUAGUUUCCAAUGGACUCAAAAUUGAUAUUUGCAAUCAUCAAGGUGCUACACCCCUAGUCCUGGCAAAGCGCAGGGGAGUGAAUAAAGAUGUCAUCCGAUUGCUGGAAUCUUUGGAAGAACAGGAGGUAAAAGGAUUUAACAGAGGAACUCACUCAAAACUGGAGACUAUGCAGACAGCUGAGAGUGAAAGUGCCAUGGAAAGCCAUUCCCUCCUCAAUCCCAACCUGCAGCAAGGUGAGGGGGUCCUGUCCAGCUUCCGAACCACGUGGCAGGAGUUUGUAGAGGAUCUGGGCUUCUGGAGGGUGUUGCUCUUGAUCUUUGUCAUUGCUCUGCUGUCGCUUGGCAUCGCCUACUAUGUGAGUGGGGUGCUACCCUUCGUGGAAAACCAGCCUGAACUGGUGCAUUAGAAGAGCCCAUGGGAGAGGAGGCAGAUGCCAGUAUCCUGGCUUCCGUUGUUUGUUCUCUUGGUGCAAGGCAGUGAGGGCUGUACAGUUUUUCUUUUUGCAGUUUUACACAUUGUAAUCCUUGUAGAAGAACUAACUACAUGCUGUAGUCAAGUGUACUGUCCUAAAGCUACCUCCAGCUCAGCAUGACCUCUUAGGAAAGGCUCUGCAUAGCCUUGUUUGAUAAAAACAUGGAAGUGACUAAAGAAUGAGAGAUAGAGGAUGAGACUAGGAA